AGUAUUAGAAUAAUCUGAGCAGCUCUUAGAAAACCAAUAACCAAUCCAUUCCUGAGGAUCAACUGCUCACUAAUCAGUUCAAUUCUGGCAACUCCCAACAUUUUUUUCUUUAAUGAAAAGCUUUUUAAGGGUACUUUGUUCAGAAAUGGUAGUAUAGAUAAGAGAAGUUAGAGAUUGAUAUAUAUCUGAUUCACCCUGGAAGAGUCCCGGUCUUGUAAGUUUAUAUAAGGAAAGCCAGUAAAAUAGACCAAAACAAGUCCUAACACUAUUUCCUUGUAGUUCCUUUGUCCUUCUCUGUCAAAGUCAGGUUCUUCAAGGACUAAAUGGAAAUACUUAAGGCAGUGGGCACUGAUGGCAUAGGAACGAAAGGAAGAGAUUUGUAAAGACAAAAAAUAUAACCUCUUUAGAAUCUUGGGAAAGUUGUGGCUUUUGGAGGUUCUCAAUCCAGGGGAAAGGAAUUCAGCAAUGGAAGACAGAUAUACUUUUCCCAGGCAGGGCAGCGGUGUAUGGAGAGCCUUGAAAGAUGGGGAUUUUGAGGAAGAAGAUGUUUGGGCAGUUCUCAAGGAAAGAAAAGAUUGUACUUCCAAGUUUGGCCAAUCAAUUGAAUCUUAUGCUCCUGUUAGAAGACACCUUCCGAGUGCUGCAAGAAUGAUCCCAAGAGCUUUCUCUGAUAUCAAUAACAGUAGCAAUAUUGACAGUUCUAGUUCCAGUUCCAGUCAUGAGAUAAAUGGAGUUAAGCAGCAAUCAGCUCCUGUCAACAUUCCUGAUUGGUCAAAGAUUUCUAAAAACAAGUCAAAGAAGGCUUCUUCCAGGAAUUAUCCAUGGCAUGAUGAUGAGGGUGAUGAUGAUGGGGAUGAUGGCUAUGGCCAUGAUAAUAAUGGGGUUGUGAAUGGUUUUGGAGAGAGUGAUGAUGAAGAAGAUGAUGAUGAAGAAUACAAUUCUAAGGUGCCACCACAUGAAUUUCUUGCCAGGAGGCUUGCAAGGAGUCAGAUUUCUUCUUUCUCUGUUUUUGAAGGUGUUGGCAGAAAACUCAAAGGGAGAGAUUUGCGGAAAGUGAGAAAUGCUGUUUUAACAAAUACAGGUUUCCUUGAAUGAUGUUAUAUUGGGCCCAAUCAUUGUGAUCAUAAAUGGUAAUGUCAAUGUGGAAAAGAGUGAAAUCUUUCUGGUUUCCAGCUAGUAUUUGUCAGUGUUAUGUUGUAUAUGAAGGUUUUGCAUGGUUGCUUAGUCCUGAAGUUGUCUAUUGCUUUGUCAGGGCAUUAGAGAUCCAUUCUUAUGUGAAAAAAAAAUUGAAUGAAUCAAUGAUCCUUGCCAUCUGCGUUUUCAUUAGAACAUAUUCAAGCUCAGUUACAGUGAUUUUUUAUGAUAAAGCUGAAACUUGUUUCUUAGCCAUUAAAUUAGCAGAGGCAUCCUGCUAUGAAUCAUAAGCAUCAUUGAAACAGUUCAGAGGCAUGAAAUGGUCAUAAAAACUUGUCAAUGUCAUGGAAAUGAAAGCUUUGAGUAGGAAGAUAAACAAUGUCAGCAUGGCAGAAUUCAUUGACAAGAACAUCCAUUCGAAAGCACAAUGUUUCUCAGAUAAGAUCCUUUGCCUCAUGGCAGCAUAUGGGAUUAGAGAAGGGUCCCUUGCAAACAAUCCUAGAGAGGUGCAGACCUCAUGAAAUGAACCUCACCUAUGUCAGGAUUGUUCCAACCUUCCCAAUCAACUCUAUUAAGUAUCUGAUAUGUCCAUAUCAAUCACAAGGUAGGACAUGCCUAGCUAAGUACGAAAAUUGGGACCAUUGAGUUACAGAUCAUGUUCCUUUUCUGUUUCUGUCAUUUUAAGCUUGCGUGUAGGCAGAUGAACUUUCAUUCAAUGAAUGAGGUUUCAUUUA